GUUAACGCGUAAUCGUCUCGGCAGACGAUUUAGUCGCGUUUCCAUCGUUAGUUCGAUACGCUACGCGAAACGGGAGAAAACGAAAGAGCGCGAGGAUGCAAUUUCUGCUGGUUGUUGUUCUCGCGUUGUCCGUUGCGCGGCUGAUCGGAUCAUCGAGCUGGCGCUACGAAUCGGGAGCGUGCGAAAAAUUGGUCAGUUACACGGCGAGCCGUUACGUUCCAUACCAAGAGACGUACCGGGUCAGCAAAUGGGGAAUAUUUUACCAGACAAAAGUACGAUGGAAUUACAAGAAAGAGUAUUAUACCGCCUAUGGCAAGAAGAAGGUUUGUUGCGAGAACUACCGAAUGACCGAUGCGGGCGAUUGCGAACCAAUUUGCGAUCCUGAUUGCGUCAAUGGCCAAUGCAUCGAACCCGACACGUGCCUGUGUUUCGUCGAUUAUACGCGCUCCGAGACACGAGAUCACGUUUGCGAACCGAUUUGUACCAACUGCGUUCACGGAACCUGUAAAGAACCGAACGUUUGCGUUUGCGACGAUGGAUACAAGAUGAACGAGAACGGGACUAUCUGCGAGCCGAUUUGCAACGUCGACUGCGAAAAGGGCCACGCCUUUUGCUCGGCUCCACACGUCUGCACCUGUCACACCGGUUACACCCCUAUCUCUGAAUACGUAUUAUCGGAGGACGAAAUAUGUAAACCGAUAUGCGACGUCGAGUGCACGAACGGUGACUGCGUCGAGCCAAACGUUUGCGCCUGUCACGACGGCUACGAACCGAAUCCUCGCGACAAAUUCUCUUGCGAGCCCCGAUGCGAGAACGGUUGUUCGUUCGGUACUUGUACGGCGCCGAACGUCUGUAUCUGCGAGCCGGGUUACCGUUUGAACAACCAAUCGCGGGAGAACGUCUGCGAACCGAUCUGCAGCGAACCUUGCACGAUGGGUAGAUGCGUAGCACCCGAGACAUGCAGUUGCGUCGACGGUUACGGUCUACUUGGUCGAUCGAAGUACGCGUGCGAGCCGAUUUGCGAGAAGGCUUGCGUCAACGGAACCUGUACUGCUCCCGAAGUAUGCACGUGCCACGAGGGUUACCGAUCCACCGGAGACGAGGCGACUAAACACGUCUGCGAACCUUACUGCCACACCCCCUGUCAACCGUACGGAUGGUGCACGGCACCCGAUACCUGCAUCUGUUUCGACGGCUAUCGACUCAAGCGCGACCAUCUCGAUUCGCAACAAUUCCGUUACUUCGCUUCGACGUCAGCCUGCGAACCGAUCUGCGAGCAAACCUGCGUGCACGGUUAUUGCAGCGAACCAGGGGUCUGUACUUGCCUGCCAGGUUACACGGAAACCGAAUACGACACGAACGUUUGCCAACCGGUCUGCGAAGAAAACUGCUUGAACGGUUACUGCAGCGAUCCAAACGUAUGCACUUGUGACCCAGGUUAUCGAGCCCUGAACGAAACUUCGAACCAUUGUGUACCCGUUUGCGAAAUUCCUUGCGGGAAUGGCACUUGCGACGCGCCUAACCAUUGCAGCUGCAACACGGGCUAUCAACUCGGUUCGGAAAAUUUCUUUCUCGACUACGAUUACUCGUUGGACACGAGCGUUGCUUGCAAACCCGUUUGCGAGAAACCUUGCGUGAACGGUUAUUGCGCUGCUCCGAACAUUUGCAGAUGCAACUCGGGUUACUUAUCGACCGCCGUCUGGAAUAUCUGUCAGCCGAACUGCGAGCUACCUUGCGUGAACGGUUACUGUGCCAGGCCGAACGAAUGCGAAUGCAUGCCAGGGUACGAAUCGUCGAACAACGAUUCCAACGUCUGCGAACCGAUCUGCGAGCACGCCUGCAUAAACGCGUACUGCAGUGCACCGAACGAGUGCACCUGCAACGAAGGCUACGGUUUACCGGCUAUUCGGCCAGUGUGCGAUACGACGAUCGAGGAAUCCUGCGCUAACGCGACUUCGAGCGCGUUCGCCUGUGAGGCCAUCUGCGACUUGGACUGCGGAAACGGUAGCUGCACCUCUCCGAACACGUGUACCUGUUUAGAGGGUUACGAAAACGAUGCCAAUGGAAGUUGCAUACCUUCCUGCACCGGCUGCGAAAACGGAAGCUGCGUUGCGCCCGAAAGCUGCGAGUGCGAGCAAGGUUACGCGUUAACGAACAUAGGGAAUCGGAGCGUCUGCGAACCGUUCUGCGAACGAUGUUCGAACGGGAAAUGCGUGGCACCGGCCGACUGCCGAUGCGAGCCCGGUUUUCUCAAAGAGAUCGUCGUCAAUACGCUGGAAAACGAUGCCGACGAGGAGUGCGUCGCCGCUUGCGCGACAAACUGUUCCGGACACGGAUCCUGCAUCGUUACCGACAGAACUUGCGAUUGUUAUUACGGCUGGCACGGUACGGACUGCGAGGAACCGCUUUUCUGUAUUCUACCAGUCGAUCGCGGAAUCGACCACUCGAACGCGUCGAAUAUCGUACACCGUGCUAACGAAACGAUCGAUUACGUGCUUGCGAACAGCCCGCUAUGCAACUACAGCUGUUUCGACGAAAUCGGUAACGAGAGUUCGUGUUAUAGAACAUAUAGCGACGAUAACGCGGGAAACGACACGAUCACGUGUCUGAUCAGCACAGGUAACUGUUCCUUGCGUAACUCGAACGUAAGUUAUAUCUUAAGACGCGAUCGUUCUUUUCGCAGGUUUCAAUUGUCGUACGGUACCCGCGGAAUAUACGAGGACAAGAAAUUAUAUUAUUACGAUGGGAACAGCAGGAAUAAUGACCGUUACGACGGCCAGCGUUGCAGCGAUUUAUUUGCUAAUACGAAAACGCAGCAAACGAAGAUUUUCGCUGCGUUGGGUGAAUCCCCAGGAAAGAUGCUUCAUAUUUUCAUGAUAUCGAACAUCCUGUCUAGAUUGGAUAACGCGAAAAGCAGAACUGGCGGGGUCAGAUAUCUAAACAAAACGAUGCGCCUAAUUCAGUCAUCGGUCGAAACGUUCCGGAGCGAACAACAACGUCAUCGUCCGAGCGCAAACAUCGAGAAAGAGAACGCGACCAUGAGAUCGAUCGUCGGUUGCAUCGUUUUUCUAAACGGUAUUCUUUCGACGAUAACGAUCGGUAGUAGCGAACAGUCGAACUGCGAUACGUAUAUCAGUCAAUUGGAACAAAGAUACGUACCGUAUACGGAAACCUACAGGAGUCGAAAGUGGGGAAUCUUCUAUACGAUUAAGACUCGGCAAAACUAUAAGAUCGUAUUCACCCCCACCUGGCGAACGGUAAAGCGUUGCUGCGACGGUUACGAAGAAACGGUGGACCACUCUUGUUCACCUAUAUGCUCGACGAACUGUACGCACGGUUAUUGCAAAGCACCCGAUAAGUGCAGUUGCAACGAUGGCUAUCGAGUAACUCACGACAAUUUGUACUGCGAACCGAUCUGCCACGGGCUGUGCACGGAAAGUAACCACGCACACUGCGAAUCGCCGAAUAGCUGCGUCUGCGAUUCGGGUUACCGCUCGGCAACGGACAUAACAUUCCCCGACUCUCUUUGCGAACCGAUCUGCGAGACAGCUUGCGUGAACGGCAAAUGCAUCGCGCCGAACGUUUGCUCCUGCGAGCAUGGCUACGAGAACGUCGACGGCACCGGCUGCGUUCCGAAAUGCGAACAAGGUUGUACCUUCGGCAGUUGCACCGCCCCGAACACUUGUACCUGCGAUCCUGGUUACCGAAUGAACGAACGGAACGUCUGCGAACCGAUCUGCUCGGAACCCUGUCAAAUGGGCGAAUGCGUCGCGCCCGAAAGCUGCAGUUGCAACGACGGUUACGGCCUAUUCAACUCCUCGAUAUACGUGUGCGAACCGAUCUGCGAAAAAGCUUGCGUGAACGGCACGUGCACGGCCCCGGGGCUCUGCCUUUGCAACCAGGGUUAUCGGUUUAACGGUCCGGAAGAGGAGAAACACGUUUGCGAACCUUUUUGCGUCACUCCCUGCGAGCCUUACGGAACGUGUGUCGCGCCAAACACUUGCGCUUGUUACGACGGGUAUCGACCGAUCGAGCCGAUCCCCACCGACAAUCAGAUACCUGACAACGCCACGAAGAAAUACGCGUCGGCCUGCGAACCGAUCUGCAAUCGGGAUUGCAUCAACGGGAAAUGCAUCGAGCCAGACGUUUGUCGGUGCAAGCCAGGUUAUCGGCCAUCGACGAGCAACGAUUCGAACGUAUGCGAGCCUGUCUGCGACACAUCCUGCGGACCGAACAGCACUUGUACCGAGCCCAACGUUUGCACCUGUGAUCCAGGUUAUCGACCAACGAACAACUACGUCGCGUACAAUUGCGAGGAAAUUUGCGAGACCUAUUGCACUCCGAACAGUACCUGCGCCGCUCGCGAUUUCUGCACUUGCAACGAAGGCUAUCCGCAGCGACGCGCGCCAACGAUCGUUUGCCAGCCGAUCUGCUCGUCCUGCGACAACGGUAGCUGCAUCGAGCCGAACGUGUGCCGAUGUUUCGAAGGUUACGUUUUGACGAACGACAGCGUUUGCGUGCCGCGAUGCGAACACGGUUGCGAAAACGGAGAUUGCCUCGGACCGAACGAGUGUCGUUGUCACGAUGGAUUCUAUAUGUCUCGCGAUAACGGCACCUGCGUGAAAUCGUGCACGAGCGAUUGCAACGGUCACGGUGUGUGCGAGGACGAGCAAAACGCAUGUCGAUGUUCGUACGGUUGGACAGGACCGAACUGCGAUCAGCCUGCAAUUUGUCUCGAAAUUUUCGAUUCCGACGACGCGAGCUUGGAUCGAUUUACCGUUUACAACGAAACGAACGAUACUCUGGCGGACGCUCGACAGCAUGCACCGUACUGUCGUCGGUGCAACGCGGCAAUAAGGAACAGAAGUUUAUGCUUCGUCGUCCCUGCCGACAAUGGUUCGUCGUCGAUUGGUUGCUUCGUCGAAAUAGAAUCACCGUGUCAUCCGGUGUACGAAAGUAGCAGCAACUCGGUCUCGAGGAUAGGUGGUACGGUAGCUGGGAUCACGAUGCUAAUCGUGAUCGGUGCAACAGCCUCGGUGUACUUUCUGAUUCGCAGGCGCGCAAAGAAGAGAGUGCGAGAAGCGAAAGGACAGUACCUGGGCUCGCCGUGCGACGUCUCGUGUAAUCCGGAACUGCAGCAUGUGUUCUGCGACACGGUCACUGGUCACUGCGAGUGCGAGAAAUUCUAUCCGGUUCGUCUUGGGCCUAGCAAAGGAUGUGCCAAACCUAAAAGACUCGGAGAGCAAUGCUUCUAUCGCGCGACUUGCACUUUUGCGGAUCAACACUCGACCUGCACCCAAGUUCAACACAAUGCAGUGUGCGACUGCGAAGAGGGUUAUCACAGGGUCGUUUUGUCCAGGCCUAACAAGAAGGUGUUCUGCGCCGAAGAUCUGGUGCUGAUAACAACGGAUAUUCCAACGUUACUCUGCAUAGCGUCCGGAAUAGCGGUAUUCACGGCAAUGAUAUGUUUCGUGCUGAAAUUGUUCAGUCGUGCGCGAUAUUCGAGGCCACGACACUAUGCCAACGCUAAUCACGCACCGCCCAUGCUGUUCUCCAGCGACACAGGUAUCCCGUUGACGCUUCACGGCGGCCGACCAUCCUCGCGUUCCAGUCAAAGAAGCAGCACCGGAGGACCGUUGACGUACGCGUUCACCAGGAGGCCAAGCAGCGGUGGUAGCCGUGGUCCUCUGGUACCAGCGUCGAGAGCAGGUGCGGCACGUGCCGCCGCCAUCUUGCUUAUAUCGUGUCACCUGCAGGCAACCAAAGGCGGGAACAAGCAUCGACGUACCCUUAGCGACGUUGCUGAGGGAUCGUCCGACGGCCUCGGUUCUCGUCGGCCUAGCUUAACUUCGGUUCACAGUUCGACAUCUUCGGCGCGUAGUUACAGCGCGAGGAGGCUCGAGAAGGAAAGGAACGAGAAGGAACAGCGACAAGCUCUUCAAGAACUCAGGCUAGCGAAACAAAGGGAGCAACAACAGCAGCAGCAGCAACAAAUUGCACCUACACCUAGUCCUAGGACACCUCAUUCCACCGAUGAACUGUUGCCCUCCGUGGAGGAAGGGAAAGAAGUAUUUUAUAACGAGCAGGUACCGACAACAUCGGACACGAGCGAAGAAACAGCCGCAAAAACGAAAGCGACGGCGAUAACGAGCACGAACGUGAACAGAUUCGGUGAAAUGGUCCCGAUUACAACCUCGACAACGUCCAUCUUCGAUACGAGCAUCGCACCGCGCGCGACCGGUGAUAUUUUUCAAGUGUAGUUGACAACUAACGAUAGGAAAAGAACUGGUCGCGAAACGAAAUAUCGCCAGCAAAGAAGACGAUACGGUUAGUAGGGAAAUAAAUGGCUGAGAAGGAGAAGGUCUCGGUCUCGCCUAACCGAGAACCGUUCGAAUAAAUACGCGAACGCGCUUCGAUGUUGAAAACAACAGCCAUAGAUAAAACGGGUACGAGAAGAGAUCGUUGUUUGCUUGUGCCACGCGCGAUGGCCUACAAUUUAUUCUAAAAUAUAUGUUUUUGUUACCUAGUCAGCUUUCAGCGACAAGAAUAACGAUAAUAGGUCGAACGAAGAACGUUUGGCUCGUUCGAUACGUUACGUUGAAGAGUACUACACCUCGCGAGGUAUAGGUGCAGAUAUUCCAAGUUGUACCUGAAUAUGCUUGCCGCAAGUUCGUUCCACGAGGGAUUGCCACCAGCGAAACAUUCCUUGUCGCGACGUUUCGAGUCGCGUUUUCGAAUGCGAUACGUUCGAAUUUUGAUCGUUCGCCGAACAAAUAAGUACGUUGCGAGUCGCUUUACGAACAGGGAAAGGAACGGUAAUGGAUUUUUUACGGCUUCAACUUUUUAAGCGUUUCGGACCGAUUUCGGACUCGACGAUCAGUCAACUUGUUUCUUUUAUUUAACACGAUAGAGACAGAGGGAAGAGUUUUUCCGAAAUUGAACGACCCUCGGUUCAAGGAUUCCGCGUUCACCCUUUAAUUACACAUAUCAACUUACAUCGAAGAAAUAUCAAUUUUUUCUUCUUCUUCCUUCAAACGGUGUUCUCUCCUCUAACGCUAUGUAUACUUUUUAAACUCGCCAAUUUUUCGACCAUGUUUUUCUCCUCGAGCUCUUUCUCGAUCGACAACUUUUUAUCGUACAUUGUGAUCACAUAUCAAUCGAAACGGUUGAAAUUGUCCGAGAAAUCUUCAGAGAAGAAUCGAGAAGCGAUCGAACGCGACACGAUGUCAAAAUUAAUAUAUCGCUUAUUUAACGCUUUGACGGGUGCAAAAUUCCUGGAGACCUUCGAUACUCGAUACGGUUAUCAAAAUCGACAAAGGUAAACUGACAGGAAUCAUCUACCGAUACGAUUACGUUCGAAAGUUUUACGUUCGCGCUUUAUUCGAUUCUAUCGAAAGGUGACUAAUCACGGAAAGAUGCGAUAAAAAUGCAUCGACAUCGUAAACAUCUGUUGGACGAAACGACUUUACGAACGCGUCGGUCAUCAAACAGUUAAAUACGAUCAAACGGAGAACGUAUACUAUAACGUAUAGAGAUAACGACGGAGAAGAAACGAUCGAUUUACGUCGAGUUUGUCUUACGCGAAGAUACAUAUGUACAUAAGUACGUUUAAUAAGUACGUUUUGUUAGCUCGAGCGAAACUUUUUGCGAUAGAAAAAGAGCAAUUGGCAGGGCAUUCUCGAGUGGGUCGAGGCUAAAUAUACCUCUAAUCUUAGAUAAAUCGUUAAAAAGAAUAAACGGACGAAAAGAGAUAGAGAAGCUGGUGCUUGCCACGUGUCGCAACGAAACGAAACGAAACGAAACGGAGCGAAGCGUCUGGUACCAGGACGUCGAGAAGAUCGUGAGAUCUUAGUAAUUAUCAUUGACUCGCUUACCUGCGAUCCGAUCGAAAUUGCGUCGAAUACCAGUCCGACUUUCAGCCCUUUCCGUCGCCUUUCCCGAUAAACUGUCUUCUAACUGGAAACUCGGAACAUUUACGACCAAUAGAAUCCAACCGAAACGCGGACGCUAACGACUUUUCAUUUAUUUAUUAACGGUUGGCUUGAAUUUUUAAGCAAACCUACUCUCGUUUCAGAUUCGUCGACUAAAUUACGCGAUUAAUUAUUUUUCGUUUCGUCGUUGAUUUAAUGCCGUACGGUCACGAUACGCCGCGAAUCGACCUUCGAAUUACCUAUUAUUCUCAAUUACAACGAGUACAUCCGUUAAUAAUAGAAAGUCCUGGAACGAAACGUUUCGUCGAAAUCAUAUAUAUUUAAACCCCUUGCCUUCCAACGUCGAGCCUAUCACCGAUUAAAUCUUAUCUAACGGAAUAUCUUUUUUUUCUUUUGUCAAAAGUUUAAUUACUAAUUUAUAGAUAACAGUCUCUUUAUUACUAUACAUGUAUGUAGAAUAUCUUUCUACGAUUAUUCGUUAAUCGAGGGAACAGGAAAAAAUUCGGAUUCGACCGCUAUGACAAAAGGUAAGGGGUUAAAGUUACGAUAAAACAUACUAACGCGUCAACGGCCUGGAAUACGGUAUAUACAUUAUUUUCUCGAAAUCUCGCGACACGUUUCGCGUAAAAGCGAAUCGAAAUUGUUCGGUACGAUUUAUUCCCCCUUCGAGUCGCUUGGCUCGCCAAAUGUAAAUUGUAGUAACGAACAAGAAAAAGAGAAGGAGAAAUCGUUGAAAGCAAAUUAUAUAUAUUCUAUAUAUACAUAUUCUAAUAUUAUACGUGUAUAUACAUAUGUACGUAAGAAGCCGAUCAUGCACGAGGGGCUGUGUCGCGUUUCGCGGCGAACAAACGAAACGAAACGAAACGAAACGAAACGGAAAAAAAACGUGUAUCGACGUCUCGUGUUCGAAUAAUUACGCUGCCUUUCCCGAUCAAAUAAAUAAUAAUUAACGAAAUAAAUUGAAAGAAACCCCACUAUCCCACCACCAUCACCACCACUACCACCACCUCCGUAAUUAAAGCCACGCAAUAAAACGGCAAACAGAGCGAAAAAGGGACAAGCAAACAAAGGCGACGAAAAAAGUAAAAAGGAAAAAUUCAGCCGAUUCUACGUCGUUACGUAGGCCUAGUCGAGUCUAGUCCGUGUCUACACAGAAAUCGAGCACUUCCGUGGGAAAAUUUGUUAAUUCGCCUCGGGAUAUUCUUCGAAAUAUUCGUUCGAUACUCCGUUUAGUCUUUACCGAACGAUGUAUCAUACAUAAAAAAGUAAUAUUACUAACGAAAUAAAUUAAAUUACUUUUAUUAUUCGUAAUAGGAUAAGGUAAGAAAAGCGUUAAUUUUUUUUAUAAGCUUAGAACAUGGAAUUCGAGCGCAUUCGCUCUCGAACGGUUUUUCGGAUAAACGUUUCUGUACACGCUAGCGAAUCUCUACUAUCUCUUCGAUAAUAUAGAAAACUUGUAUCUUUCGCGAUGAUCGCACGAUGGGAUCUCUAUACUGUAGAUUUUCGAGGAAGAGACAAGAGCAGGUUUAACCUCUAGAGCUUUCGAUAUGCUCGCACGAUAACUACCUACUACGUAUGUAGACGCGGACGAGGCUUCGAGCGAUCGUCGUUCUACGAUUCUACGAAAAAAAAAAAGUCAAGCACGUUUAAUAAAAAAUUGCACGUCCGAUUUAACGAAUCGCUCACUUUCGAACGACCUCCGUUCGUUGUUGACGGAAAUGAAAUCGCGUCGUCGAACAAUUAUAUCGGGCCAACUCGGCCAAACACCUCAUCGUUAUUAUCGUCACCGUGCCAUCUUCAUCGUUAUCGUUGUUACCAUUUAUUAUUGUUAUUAUGAAUCACGAUUGAUUUUCUGGUGCGCGGGCAGUAAAAAAGUGAAAUUUUCUCGAAUAUUUAACUCGACGCGUACAUAACGAUUCUAUGAGGGUAACGGUAAAUGUUCUCUUCUAACUCUUUUACCUUAAAUUACCAUUAAUAUCCCAUAACGAUACAGAUCGAUAUGAAAUAUUGUCCGCCCACCAAAGAAUUACAUCGAAACGAUACCACGUUCGACUCGUAACGCCGCGCCGCGCCGUCUGAUUUCUAAAGGGAAAAGCCAAUGAAAUAACGAUGCUCGAUGUUUCAAACGUUAUUGUUUUAUCCCAUUUUAAAUGUUUACUGUAUGAUAAAAUUGUAAUAUAGUCGUUGGGCAAAUAAAGCUCUUUUUCGAUAUA